CGCAUGCGCACCAGUAACUUAAGUAAAAUAUUGUAUUUGAAGCACGUAUGUGCUAAACAAAACAUUUAAGCGUAUAGUAUUUAUCUACAUAAAGGAAGCAGUAGGGUUUUUUUUUUAUUGUACUAAAUGCCUAGGCAGUUAUUUGAAAAUAACCCGAUGGUUUAGGGUUAAUCUCGUCGGGUCCUCCAAGAACCCGGAAGCACAACAAUCUGACAAGCAGUCUUCAUUUCGCCGGUCAUUGUCAGCUUUUACAUAAAGGCACAAUGCCUGACCUUUGGCAGGAUGCUAUGGACCAUGCUGUGACUUUGGCCAGGAAAGCAGGAGAGAUUGUGAGGGAUGCUUUGCAGAAUGACCUAAAGAUCAUGUGUAAAAGCUCUUCUGUUGACCUGGUCACUAAAACAGACCAGAAUGUGGAGCAGCUUAUUAUUACGUCAGUGAAGGAGAAGUUUCCUGAGCACAGUUUCAUUGGUGAAGAGUCCGUGGCUGCAGGAGAACCUUCUCUUUUGACUGAAAAACCAACAUGGAUUGUUGACCCUGUGGAUGGGACCACUAACUUUGUGCAUGGAUAUCCAUUUGUUGCUGUAUCAAUCGGCUUUGCUGUCAACAAAACGUUAGAGUUUGGUGUGGUAUAUAGCUGCAUAGAAGACAAGAUGUACACCGCUCGAAAAGGGAAGGGUGCAUUUUGCAAUGGACAGCCGCUGCAAGUGUCAGACCAAAAAGAGAUUAACCAGUCAAUCAUUGCUACAGAGUUUGGCUCUAAUAGAGAUCCUGAUAGCAUUGAUAAGAUUUUCUCUAGUAUGAGGAAGAUCUUGUGUCUGCCAGUUCAUGGGAUACGUGGUGUUGGAUCUGCUGCCAUCAACAUGUGCUUGGUUGCAUCUGGUUGUGUAGAGGCCUAUUAUGAGAUUGGGAUCCACUGUUGGGAUGUAGCCGCUGCGGCAGUCAUAGUCUCAGAGGCAGGAGGAGUUCUCUUGGAUGUUAAAGGUGGACCAAUGGACCUGAUGUCUAGAAGAGUUGUUGCAGCCAAUAACAACAUAAUUGGAGAAAGAAUCAUUAAAGAGAUUGAAGCAUUUUCACCUGUUAGAGAUGACGCGCCUGUAGACCCUAGUAUCAAAUAAAACUUAUUUUGAAGAAAGCUCCUGUGCUAUUGAAGUCUUAUAUUAGUAGUACAUUUAUUGUAAGUUCAGUACAUUUUCUCUGUCAUCUUUUGUAUGUUGUGUAACUUAAAUGAUUUCUCUUACAAUGUUGAAAAAAUGUAUUGAUUAAAGCUAUGUGCAAACGUUGGAUUAAAAAACGUUUUAAAAAACGGUUUAAUUCAUUGCCAUUAAAUGUAUUUUUUUAGUAAUAUUACUUGUAUGUUUUAUACACCAGUUCAAUAAAUAGUAAGUGAAUGAGUAUCUUA